AUGGCGCUUGCAAAGAUUUUUUUGUAUUCAUUGCCUUUGUUCGCAAUUGUGCUUGGUGUAAGCUCAGUGCUGCCGAAUGGUUUUGUAUACCUCAGUGAAGUUGAUCCCACCAUAAUUCAAAACGUUAUGUAUUAUGGUGAUCAAAAUUUCAUCGGCCAUCGACUAUCUGGCUACAAAGCGCCAAAAUUAAUUUUGACAAAAGAAGCCGCAUUCAGAUUGAAGGACAUUCAAGCUGACAUCAAAAAAGAUAAUUUCUCAUUGGUAAUUUAUGAUGGCUAUCGUCCAUCCAAAGCUCUUCUCGAUUUUAUGAAGUGGACCAAUUCAACCGAGAAUGAUUGUAAAACGAAAAAGUAUUAUCAUCCACUUUUAACCCGAAAACAAACAGCUGAAUAUGGUUACAUUACACCGACAUCGGGUCACAGUCGUGGUAGUACGGUCGAUCUUAGCAUAAUUGAACUUGGAAAAACAAUUGAUCCGAAUCCAAAACCGGUGAAACGAUACUUAAGGGAUGGACGUGUG